UCCACGAGAAUAACACGUGUCUGGAUGAAAACAGUGCAUGGAAUCUCUUUACUCGGUUAAAGUUUAACUACACGUAGAUCGCUGGGAAUAAAUUAACAACGAAUUCUACUGGUUUAUUAAAGUUACACUUUUAGAAAAAGCAUCAAGCAGGUACUGUAGCAGUGUAUACCCAUGAGAUCUGUCAGGGAAGAGAUGUCUACAAUGAAGGGACAGUUCCCCGGACUGCCCCACCCCCAGGGCCUGUAUGACCCCACCUUGGAGAGAGACGCCUGUGGGGUAGGAUUUGUGGUCAACAUUGAUGGCUCCAAAUCUCACAAGGUGCUACGAGACUCUGAGACCAUGUUGAUUCGGAUGGAGCACCGCGGGGCCUGUGGGUGUGACAAUGACUCGGGGGACGGGGCAGGGGUCCUGACCGCUAUCCCCCACAACAUGUAUGCCCGCAUCAUGAAAGCGGACCAGGGAAUCGAUCUACCAGAGCCAGGCCAGUACGCCACAGGAAUGAUGUUUGUCGACAAAACCCAGGUGGAAGAGGUCAAGGCCGUCUUCACUCAGAUGGCAGAGGACUUCCAGAUCAAGGUGAUUGCCUGGAGAAAUGUGCCAGUUGACAGCACCCAGAUUGGACGUGUUGCCAUGACAACUGAGCCAGCCAUUUUGCAGGUGUUUGUGACAGGAAGCAGUGAUCUAGCCGAAUUUCAGCGCAAGGUGUACCUUUUGAGGAAGUUCAGUUCCCAUAAUAUCCCCAAGAAGAAUCUCCGAUACUAUAUCAGUACUUUGUCAACAGAAACCAUUGUAUACAAGGGCCAGCUGAAUCCGCGUCAGCUGUGGAAGUACUUCCUGGAUCUGGAGAACCCGGAGUACGAGACGCACAUCUCCCUGAUCCACAGUCGCUUUUCCACCAACACCUUCCCCAGCUGGGAGCGCGCCCACCCCAAAAGGGUCCUGGCCCACAAUGGAGAAAUCAACACAUUGAGGGGUAAUGUAAACCUGAUGCGUGCUCGGGAGGGCGUGAUGCACAGCCAGGUUUACGGGGACCAGUUAAAGAAGCUGUACCCAGUGGUAGAGGAGGGGAUGACUGACUCAGGCUGUGUGGACAACGCCCUGGAGUUCUUGUGCAUGGCCGGGGGGAGAGAACUCCCAGAGGCAAUUAUGACCAUGGUUCCAGAGGCGUGGCAGAACGACAAAAAUAUGUCGGCGGAGAAGAAAGCCUUCUACCGGUGGAGUGCAUUCGCCAUGGAACCCUGGGAUGGACCAGCCCUUCUGACAUUCUGUGACGGACGGUAUGUGGGAGCCAUCUUGGACAGGAAUGGGCUGCGACCUUCACGAUUCUAUGUCACAAAGGACAACGUGAUGUACAUGGCCAGCGAGGUCGGCGUGAUUGACCUUCCCAGCGCUGAUGUCGUACAGAAGGGUCGACUGAAGCCUGGGAGGAUGUUGCUGGUGGAUACAGAGUCCAAGUCGUUCAUGCGUGAUGAUGUGAUUAAGAACCACCUGGCGGGGCUCCGACCGGUCGCUAAGUGGCUCCAGGAACAGACGAUGUCCCUGGAUGAGAUUAAGAAGUCAUGUGACCCCGCCUCCCUAGCCCCGCCCACUUACGAGCUACGAGAGAUCAGGCACGACGGUUGGCUGCUGAAAGAUCCCAGAAUUCCAUUGUUUGGCUACACCAUGGAGAUAAUCAACAUGCUGGUACUGCCGAUGGUCAAAGAGAGGAAGGAAGCGCUGGGAUCUAUGGGUAACGACGCCCCACUUGCCUGUCUAUCAAGGUAUAACCCCCUCAUCUUUGACUACUUCAAGCAGUGCUUCGCCCAGGUGACCAACCCCCCGAUCGACCCCUUCAGGGAGAAGAUCGUUAUGUCACUGGCAUGCCCAGUGGGUCCUGAGGCCAACAUCCUGGAGCCCAGCGAGGCGCAGUGUCAGCGCCUUUGGCUGGAGCAGCCCCUCCUGUCACUGACCGACCUCCAGGCUCUCAAGGUCGUCAAUCACCGUGGCUGGAAGAGUAAGGUGAUUGACAUCGUGUUUCCGCUGGACGCCGGGGAGGACGGACUGGUCCCCGCCCUACAGAGCGUGUGUCAGCAGGCGGCUGAGGCAGCCAAUCAGGGCUACCAACUCAUCAUCCUGUCGGACCGCAGUGUGGGCGCCAACAACGUACCCAUACCGUCUUUGCUGGCAGGGGGCGCUGUCCAUCAUCACUUGAUAGAACAAAAGCUCCGCCUCAAGGUGGGCAUCAUCUUGGAGACUGGAGAGGCCAGAGAGGUCCAUCACAUCUGCACCCUGCUGGGUUACGGUGUUGACGCCAUCUGUCCCUACCUGGUCUACGAGACCAUCUCUCGUCUCCGAGGGGCAGGGCUACUAGACCCCCCACUGUCCGAUGACGAGGUCUUUGACAGCUACCAGGCCGCCUGUGCCCGUGGAAUCUCCAAGGUCAUGGCCAAAAUGGGAAUCUCCACACUACACAGCUACAAGGGAGCCCAGAUUUUUGAGGCCCUGGGUCUCCAUAACGAGGUGGUCAACAUGUGCUUCAGGGGGACGGCCUCCAGGAUUGGGGGAGUGACCUUCAGAGAGCUGGCCACAGAGGCACUGAGCCGGCACAAACUGGCUUACAGACUGGAAGAUACGGAUGAAUACAUUGAGAUGAACCCCGGGUUGUACCACUGGAGAGAUGGGGGUGAGCAGCAUAUGAAUGACCCCCUCACCCUGGCCAACCUACAGGAUGCAGCCAAGAACAACAACAAGUCUGCGUAUGGGAAGUUCACAGAGUCGGCCUGGAGAAGCGCCAUGAAGUGUUCCCUGCGGGGUCAGCUGGACUUCACCUCACGCGACGGACCAAUCGACGUGGCCGAGGUGGAACCCGCCUCAGAAAUCGUUAAACGCUUCUGUACAGGUGCAAUGAGUUUUGGCAGCAUCUCCAUGGAGGCCCACACAAGCCUCGCCAUCGCAAUGAAUAGAAUCGGAGGGAAGUCCAACACAGGAGAGGGAGGGGAAAACGCAGACAGAUACCUCAAUGAAGACCCACAGUUCAACAAGCGAUCGAAGAUCAAACAGGUGGCGUCGGGAAGGUUCGGAGUAACCAGCUCGUACCUGACCCAUGCUGAUGAACUCCAGAUAAAGAUGGCUCAGGGGGCCAAGCCCGGGGAGGGUGGGGAGCUACCCGGACACAAGGUGUCCAAGGAAAUAGCUAAGACGCGUCACUCAAUCCCUGGGGUGGGGCUUAUCAGCCCUCCCCCUCACCACGACAUCUACUCCAUAGAGGACCUGGCAGAGCUGAUCUAUGACCUGAAGUGCUCCAAUCCUAACGCCAGGAUCAGUGUCAAGCUGGUGUCGGAGGCUGGGGUCGGAAUCAUUGCUGCCGGCGUUGCCAAGGGUAAAGCGGAACAUAUCACAAUCUCCGGACACGAUGGAGGGACCGGGGCCAGCUCCUGGACCGGGAUCAAGAACGCCGGGCUCCCAUGGGAACUGGGAAUAUCCGAGACGCACCAGACCUUGGUAAUGAAUGACCUGAGGUCAAGGAUCGUGUUACAGGCGGACGGACAGAUCCGAUCAGGUCGUGAUGUGGUGGUGGCAGCCAUGCUGGGAGCUGAUGAAUACGGAUUCUCCACCGCUCCACUGAUCACCCUGGGCUGUACCAUGAUGAGGAAAUGUCACCUCAACACCUGCCCCGUCGGCAUAGCAACACAGGACCCAGUGUUGAGGGCCAAGUUUGCAGGGAAACCCGACUAUGUCGUCAACUACCUGUUCCUGCUGGCAGAGGAGAUCCGUGAUAUUCUAGCCAAGCUUGGCAAAAGGAGUCUACAGGAAGUGAUCGGCUGUACGGAGCUGCUCAAGUUCUCUCCCGACCCGGAGAAUCACAAGGCAGGCCUGCUGGACUUCAGCCUCAUUCUGAAGAAUGCCCUGACCAUCCGACCAAACACCGAGAUACUGGGCGGCAGCGUCAAGCAGAUAUUUGAUCUGGACAAAAGACUUGAUUAUCAAGUUCUGGAGAAAUGCCGUAAUGUCAUUGACGGUAAAGAGAAGACGGUCACUCUAAACAUGAAAAUCGGGAAUGAAGACCGAACAUUUGGUUCCACCCUCAGCUACUACAUAUCUAAGAAGACAGUAGAGGACGGUCUCCCCAAGGGCAGCAUCAACAUUAACCUGACCGGCUCCGGGGGUCAGAGCUUCUGUGCCUUCCUGGCUGGUGGGGUCCACGUGACCCUAGAAGGGGACGCCAACGAUUAUGUUGGAAAGGGUCUGUCCGGGGGAGAGGUGGUGAUUUAUCCCCCCAAGGACUCGCCCUUCGACUCUGUCAACAAUGUGAUCGUGGGUAAUGUGGUGCUCUAUGGGGCCACCGCCGGCAAGGCCUUCUUCCGCGGACAGACGGCCGAGAGGUUCUGUGUCAGGAACUCAGGAGCCAUAGCCGUGUCAGAGGGAUGUGGGGACCACGGCUGUGAGUACAUGACAGGGGGGCGUGUCCUGAUCAUUGGAUUGACCGGCAGAAACUUCGCCGCCGGAAUGUCUGGAGGACUGGCCUUUAUCUAUGAUAAGGAGCGCCGGUUCGACUCGAUGUGUAACAAGGCAUCUGUGGACCUAGAGAGUCUGGAGCUCGAUGAAGACUCUGACUUUAUCCAGAAUCUGCUCAAGGAAUUCCAUGAAAAAACUGGGUCAGUACGUGCCCUAGAUAUCCUCCAGAACUGGGCCCAGGAGAAACAGUUCUUCAUCAAGGUGUUCCCCCGGGAGUAUCGCAGAGCUCUGCAGGAAAUGGCGGAGGAGGAAGCGAAGAAAGUGGCGGAGAAUGAGUUGAUUAACGGAGGCGUAGACGGAGACGAGGAAGAUGACGAGGAGGAGGUGAUUAAUGAGCAGAAGAAGCCCGCAGUAGUAGAUAUAGAGGAGACCAUUCCUAACGCCACACAGAAUCUAAAGAAACUAGACAAACUCAGGGGAUUUAUGAAGUAUGACCGAGCGUCGUACCAGUACAGGGACGUGAAGACACGACAGAAGGACUGGAAGGAGAUCUACAACCACAAAGUUGUCAAAGACGGACUCAAAGUACAGGCCGCCAGGUGUAUGGACUGCGGCGUACCUUUCUGUCAGUCACAUGAUGGAUGUCCACUCAGUAACAUCAUCCCAAAGUGGAACGAUCUAAUCUUCAGGGAUGACUGGAAGGAGGCCCUGAACCAGCUCCUACAGACCAACAACUUCCCAGAAUUCACCGGCAGGGUCUGCCCCGCCCCUUGUGAGGGGGCAUGUGUCCUGGGCAUCAACUCUCCCCCGGUCACCAUCAAGAACAUUGAGUGCGCAAUCAUCGACCACGCCUUUGAGAUGGGCUGGAUCAAGCCAGAACCUCCCCUCACCCGCACGGGCAAGAAGGUGGCGGUCAUCGGGAGUGGACCCUCGGGUCUAGCGGCUGCCGCCCAGCUCAACAAGGCCGGACACACCGUGACAGUGUAUGAGAGAAACGACCGUCCAGGAGGACUACUCAGAUACGGAAUUCCUACCAUGAAACUCGACAAAGAUGUUGUACAGAGGAGGGUAGAUCUGAUGACACAGGAGGGGAUCGCCUUCGUGUGUGGACAGGAAGUGGGUAAAGAUCUACCGGCCACUAACAUCCUAGCUGAGAACGAUGCCAUGGUGCUGGCUCUAGGGGCCACCUACCCCCGCGAUCUACCUAUUCCAGGAAGAAAUCUGAAUGGUAUUCAUUAUGCCAUGAGCUUCCUUGAGUCAUGGCAGAAAGUACAGCAUGGGAAUGAACUGGACUAUUUAAAGGUGUACGCCAAGGAUAAAGAUGUGGUCAUCAUUGGGGGUGGGGACACAGGCUGUGACUGUAUAGCUACCUCACUCAGACAGGGGGCCAAGAGUAUAACAACCUUUGAGAUCCUCCCUCCUCCCCCACCCACCAGGGCUCCCAGCAACCCCUGGCCAACAUGGCCGCGUGUCUUCAAGCUAGACUAUGGACAUGAAGAGGUCCAACUCAAAUUUGGGAAGGAUCCUAGAAUCUUCAACAUAAAAAGCACGGAGUUUGUGGAUGAUGGGAAUGGUAAUGUGAAAGGUAUAAAGACAAUGAAGGUGGAGUGGACGAAGGAUAAAGCCGGCCGCUGGAACAUGGCCGACGUGCCAGGUUCUGAGGAGUUCAUUAAGUGUGACAUGGUGCUCCUGGCCAUGGGUUUCCUGGGACCAGAGAAGAAGAUUGUGGAUGAACUGAAAGCCAAACUUGACCCCAGAGGCAAUCUGGAAACCCCCCAGAACAAGUAUUCCACUAGUAUCCCCAGAGUCUAUGCUGCUGGAGAUUGUAGGCGUGGCCAGUCCCUAGUGGUGUGGGCCAUCUCUGAAGGUCGCCAGGCAGCCCGUCAAGUUGACCUUGACCUGAUGGGAUCCACCUGUCUGGCGGGCCCCGGUGGUAUGGUGUACCAGCCCGAGUCCUAGAGGACUGGGAGUGGAUAGACAUUGAAGGCAGGAGACAAACAGGAGAGUGAAUCAAAGGGAGACAACCAGCAAAAAACCUAGUCAACCAGUGAUGCAUCUCUCUUGGUUGGAACAUUUAUGGAGAAUAAAGAUUUUCUUCUUAUGUUGGAUUUGAGAAAAAUAGUAUGGCCAUCAAAGCAUGUAGAAAAAAGUGAAAUAAAUAUUAAUUGUUAACACUUCAUGAAAGAUACACCAUGUCUGUUUAAAUAGA